AUGGAUCAGAGGAUGGAAGAAUCUGAUGCAGAGGAGUAUGUCUACUCUGAGGAACAGUCUGAGAGUGAGAGAUUGAGGGAAGAAAGGAGGACCAAGAAGAGGAAUGACCCUAUUAGUAGUGAGAGUGAGCAAGGGGAGUUUGAGAUUGGAGUGAACCUUGUUCAAGAGGAGGGAAAUGGUUCUCCAAAUGAAGAAGGAAGUGAUGAGACUGAGAGUGAAGAGGAAGGAGAAGAGGUGAACCAAUUGGUUGAUGAAGAUGACAAGAGGGAACCAAGAUGA